GUUGGGAAACUAGCUCAGGGCAGGAUGACCUAGAUGUGCUAGGCCUAUGCUUAGAACAGCCUUCACCCCCUCCGCUUGUGUAACCUGCUAAGUCAAUCGCUGCCCUCCACCGAGGAGUGGCAGCCCACAAAAAGCUUUUGUACGUCUCUCAUAUUUGCUCUCUGCCUCGAACUGCAACAUGGGAGAAACUGUUGAGCACCCGGACAGCCACGAUUGUUGAGUCACAGGUUGUCCAGGUCUCCGACAGCUUUAAAGCUGAAGCCUCGAAGGGUUCCCAGGCACCGAUAUUGAAGACAGCUCGCCUCUUUGGUGAUGGGAGAAAGGGUCACCUUGAAUUGCUGACUUGGUCACCUUGCUUCUAGGAGUGCUUCCUCCUUCCUGGAACUGCCACUCACAGUGCAGAUAAUCGCAUUCUGCGAUUGACAGGAAGAAAAUGGCGGGUGUCCUAACGAAGCCGAAUGCCUUUGUUUCAAUGCGUGAGGGAUUGAGAGAGACCCCCACAUAAGGACAAGAGUAGGGGAAGCUCCCUGCUACACACCUCUACAAAGAAUCGGAUAGUGUCUCUAUUUUGGUAAGAGCUGACCAAUAAAUCAGGACAAUGUACACAUUUUUGCCGGAGAACUUCACUCCGGUGAAGCAAAAACCAGUCAAAGAGUUGAAGCCCAUGAUUUUGGCUGUCGUGUUUGGCCUCAUGUUGUUCAUUGCCGCAGUGGUGGCGUGGUGCUACUACGUAGCUUCCCUUCGCAAGGCGGAGCGGCUGAAGACGGAACAGAUGGACCUACGGCAAGACGGGUUCACCAUCAAGAACCAGGAUGGAGAGACGGUUUUCGAGGUGGCCUUCCAGUCGGGUGUCCUGGACUUGGAGUCCUGUGCUAGGGAAGGUGCAAAUUUAACCUGCACCAGGACAGACAAAGGGAGAGUCAAUUUUUUCAUAAAGAUUGUCACUCCCAAGGACACUGUAAUGUGCUACCGUGUCCGCUGGGAGGAGUUUGUAGCAGACACAGUGGUGGAGCACAAAAUGUUCUGGGGGGACGCCCACUGGUAUGGGGGCUGUGAAAUGAGCGUACAGCACUGGCCAAUCAAACUCCCAGGAUACCAGGAACCCAUGCCGUUUGUGACUAGUGACGUGUAUGCUUUCCGGAACAGCUUUGGGGGCAUCCUGGAGAGGUACUGGCUCUCCUCCAAAGCAGCCGCCAUCAAGAUUAAUGACUCUGUGCCCUUUCACCUUGGGUUCAAUGCCACCGAAAGGUCACUUGUCUUCCAAGCUAGGUAUAAAGAUUCUCCCUAUAAGCCUCCUUUGGGUCAGCAACCUUUCCCGGAGUUGAGUUACCGUGUCUGCAUAGGUUCCGAUAUCACCUCCAUCCACAAAUAUAUGGUGCGGAAAUAUUUCUACAAACCUUCUAAGAUACCCUCAACAAAUGCCUUCAGAUACCCAAUCUGGUCAACGUGGGCAUUGUACAAGAAUGACGUUGAUCAGGAUAAACUGCUGCGCUUUGCAGAAAAGAUUAAAAGGUACGAGUUCAACUGCAGCCAUAUAGAAAUAGACGACACUUACACCCACGCAUAUGGCGACUUUGACUUUGACCCGGUAAAAUUCCCAAAUGUGACGGAAACGUUCAAGAAGCUCAGAGAAGAUGGGUUCCAGAUCACACUCUGGACCCACCCAUUUGUGAACUACAAUUCGUCAAACUUUGGGGUGGGGAUAGAGAGGCAGCUUUUCAUUAAGGAGCCAACAGGAAGGCUUCCUGCGAUGGUGGAGUGGUGGAAUGGCAUUGGUGCCAUAUUGGAUUUCACUAACCCAGCGGCCAAGGAUUGGUUUCAGAGCCACCUGAAUCAUCUCCGCAAGACAUAUGGCAUAUCGUCCUUCAAGUUUGAUGCAGGGGAGACGAGCUACCUUCCCAAACAGUUCAGCACCUUCCGUCCUUUGUCAGAUCCCAGUAUUUGGUCUCGGCGCUACACGGAAAUGGCCAUCCCUUUUUACGAGCUGGCUGAGGUCAGAGUUGGCUACCAGUCCCAAAACAUCUCUUGCUUCUUCCGGAUCAUUGACCGGGAUUCCGUGUGGGGUUAUGAACUUGGGCUAAAGUCCUUGAUUCCUACCGUCUUGACUAUUAGCAUGCUGGGAUAUCCUUUCAUAUCGGCAGACAUGAUAGGUGGAAACUUCUUUCCCAACAAAACGGAUGGUGCAGUGGAAAUCCCAGACCGUGAACUCUACGUUCGCUGGCUGGGAUUGUCGGCCUUCAUGCCAUCCAUGCAGUUCUCCAUCCCACCUUGGCAGUAUGACGAAGAGGUCAUAAAAAUUGCCCAGAGGUUCACGAGGCUACAUCUGGAUUUGGUUGCUCCGCUCUUGUUGGAGUUGGCCGGGGAGAUCACCGACACUGGGGACCCCAUCAUACGCCCCAUCUGGUGGAUUUCUCCCGACGACGACUCUACGCACAAAAUAGAUUCCCAGUUUCUCAUUGGGGACACCUUGAUGGUGGCUCCCGUCUUAGAGAUGGGCAAACAAGAGCGAGACAUCUAUAUCCCAGCUGGCAAAUGGCGCAGUUACAAAGGAGAGCUGUUUGAAAAAACACCCACCCUGGUGACGGACUAUCCCGUCGAUUUGGACGAAGUGGCAUAUUUUACGUGGGUGUCCUAAUCGAAUUCUGCAGCCACCGAUAUUUACGCUUUGUGAAAGUAACCAUGCCUUAUUCUAGGAUCCUAACAAUUAAAAAAAUCUAAUUGGUGAAGUGGAUGGAAUACAGAUGGGGGCGGAAGUGAUUACACAUUAGUCCUUUAAAUAUGUGCUGAAGAUCUCACUCUGUGAUCUAAAAAUGUUUGUAGACAGCUAACAAGGUCACAGGGUUUGCACAUUGAAGUAAAAGCCCCACUUGAAAAUCUAAGAGCUACAGAGCUCCUCUCUCGGUUGCUCACCCGCUAAUGUAUUUCUUCCGUUCUUUGAGGUGUGGCUUUCGGGUCCUUGUAAGCUAUCUUUGAUGAUUACAAAUCCACCCACUAAAGCCCUCGUGCCACUAAUGAAUCCUGAGUUACCGGCUGCUCGCUAGAAGAUUCAGGCUGGGUCUUUCUAUAUUCUUCAGGGAGGCGUUCCCCGCAUUCUUUUCACAACACGAGCCAAGGAAAACUUUGCAAGAUAAGCAGGAACACUCUUCUAGAGACGGGGUGUGUGUGUUUUUUAAAGAUGGGGAGAAGCGUCCAGGGUUGCUACAGCACAAUAGGCCUUAAGUUUUACAAUGCAGUAAGCUAUUAUUUGAAAUAACCUCUUUGUCCUAAAGAGGAUAAUUCCAGUUACAUAUAUUAUAUAGACACCUCCUUGUCUGAUGUUAGAUGAAGCUGAUAAAUGAUCAAUAAACCAUGCUGCACUCGUUUGGCUACUGGGUUGGGCAGGUAAUUCAGUUCAGUGGCUUUUGAACAGGGUGGGAAUGCUUUCUCUUGCUGCUAGCUACCUUCUUGCCCAGGUAAUUUUUGCCUCCAACGGACAUGUUUUAAACAUGAAUAUAAGAGGUUAAAGCUGCUCCUUUCUUACAUUCAUCUCCUGCUGCUGUUUCUUCUCCGGGAUUAUUUUCAAAGACGGCUUCACACCUCUGCUGCCAUCGGAGGAUUGCUUUUCAACUCAUCAACAGUUCCCAGGCUGAGCCUUGGAGUCGUCCAGGCAGGCGACGGGUUCUCGUCCGUGAUCCACUUGGCCUCCGUGUUCAAGGAGGCAGCUGAAACAGGAAAGAGCGGUUCCAAAGCAUUGCUGUUGAUUUACUAAUAGCACAUGAAAUAAAAGCAGUUCUUCCUUGCCCUCAA